CCUUGCUCCGGCAGUCACGUUCGAUGCCAAUUUCUAAACAAAAAAUCGUUUUUUGAAUAGCGAAUAGCGAUUAACUCAUCUGAGGUCGGAAUUGGAUGAACACUCGCAACUUUGACGACCUCCGUAGCCGGACCACACACACUACUUCGCCUCGCCGUCUAUAAACCGCAGUCACCAAUAGGUUUUCCCCCAACUUCGAUUUUAUCUGGAAUUGGGUGUUUAGGGAUUUUGAUUAGUUGAUAUUCACAAUCUUUUUGUUAGUCAAAUAAAUUCACCCAAUUUUCUUUUAUGCGGGAGCUCAUUUGUGUUUCUUUCCAUGUGCCCGGCUUAAACCCUAGAAAAUUCCAGGUACGUAUUGAUUGCUCUGUGAAUUAUCGUUUUUUGUUACCUCAAUAGGAUCGGAGUGCCAUAACUGGUUUCUUCUUUAAUGUUGCACCGAUGAAUCGUGAUCGGUAAUGUGGUUGUUUUGUCUAAAUCGAUCAAUUGGUUCGAUAAAGGUUAUUCAAUUCGAUGAUAGUGUGAUAUCCUGAACUAUUGUCUAAUACGGAGUAUGAGCCAUGGAGAGGGGAAAGAUAAGUUCUUUGGUGAGAAAGAGAAUCUGCAGUCAACGAGGAAGAAAAAGAAGUUGGGAAAAGACGAAUUUACGCAGGCCAUUGCCAGGAAUGUGGUGGCGCAGGUUUGUGAAAGCUUAGGUUUUCAGAGCUUUCAGCAGUCUGCAUUGGAUAAUCUCGCUGAUGUAGCGGGGUUGGAGCAUCUGGGCUCAGUUCAGGGUUUUCCAGGUGCUUCUGAUUUUAGGCAUUGCCUUGCACGAUCCGGCGUUGUGAAGGAUAUAAUUCGAUUUGUUAGUCAAGCUGAUGAAAUCCCAUUUGUAUAUCCGAUUCCUGCUUUUCCAGUUGUUAGAGAAAGGGUAUUGGACCUUAGUUUUGCUCAGGCACAGGAAACCCCCCCUGAAGAACAUAUACCUAGAUGGUUGCCCAAGUUUCCUGAUCCUGUGACUUAUGCUGAGUUAAGUUCUGCAAAUGAGAAAGGCUCAGAAACCGAAGCUGUUAAGAUUCAGCAGGUUGAAAAACAGAACAGGAGAGCUGAGAGGUCUUUGCUGAAUUUGCAGCAGAAGUUUAUGUGUAAUGGAUCUGAAGCGGGAGCAAUUGUUGAACAAGGGGAUGCGGCAAAGGCACAACGAGCAGCAGAAAACAAUCCAUUUCUUGCCACCCCUCUUCAAUCUUGGGAAAAGGAGGUAUCUUUGCCUAGUCUGCCAGCUAGGCUCAUCGAUGAGUCUUUGGGGUCUGGGUAUCAUCAAAGUCACGAAGUUAUGGAAAACCAUGUUUCGAUUACGAAGCCAUCUUUGCAAGCCAGUGAAGCUGCAAGGAGUGGUCCUUGUGAACCUGAGGAAAGGAAAAAGAUUCCUUUAAAUGGGAGGGCCAAUGUACAAUUUAAGGUUGGGAAUGUUAAGAAAUCCUUAGGCACGGUGACAAAACCUCAAAACAACGGCACUGAGAGAACUUCUUGGUUUGGUGACGAUCAUGAUGAAGCAGACAAGAAGAACGAUAUGGCUGAGAAGAUCCUUUGGGGAAAUACGGAGUAUCAACCAGAAGUGUCUAAUGUGUAAAUUAGAAUGUUUAAUUAGAGACUGUAUAAUUCUUUUCGGAGCUAGCAUCCAAUGCUUGCUUCGUAGUAGUCAGAGUCAAGAAGCUUGAUAUUCUCUGCACAGUGCACAAGCAUUUUAGAGUUUUGAAUGGAAAGUUUCGCUGAGUUGUUGAGGGUUAGUUGUCAGUUGUUUGCAUGAACCCAUGUCAUUGAAAAUUUUUUCAAUAACUGAAAUUAAAAUUAUUAGUUUUCGA